AUGGGCGGCGGCUUCUUCGGCGCGAGCGACGGCGCGGACAUGGAAGAGCUCGGGGGCGAUCUCGAGGACGACCCGACGGAAUUCGAAGGCGCGAUCGAGGAGGUGGACAUCCCGUCGACGCGCGACGAGGAACUCCUCGGCGGCAUCUUCGGCGCGACGUUAUCCAUCGCAUCGCGCGACGUCAACUCAUACGUCAAGCCGAAGCCGGCGCUGCUGACGCCGCAGGAUCUGAUGGGCGCGGCAGCGCAGCCGCCGGGCGGGCCUCCCUCCGCCUUCGCGCGGCAGCAAGCCGCGUUCGAAGCGGAGAGAGCCGCGUUCCAGCGUCAGAUGGCGCAGGGCGGGCCGCCGAUGGGCCCGCCCGCGGGAAGCGCGCCGCCGAUGCCGCCGCCGGGGAUGCUGCGUAACAUCGGCCCGCCGCCGCCCGGGAUGGCGCCGAGGGGGCCGCCCGGCGCGGGCGCGGGAAUGGGAAUGGGAAUGGGAAUGGGCGCGGGAAUGGGCGCGGGCGCGGGCGUGCCGCCCCCGGGGAUGCCGCCGCCGAUGGGCCCGCCGCCGGGGAUGAUGGGUGGGAACGGCGCGUUCCCGCCGCUCGGGUCGCAUCCCCCGCCGCCGGGGAUGCGCGGCGGCCCCCCGCCGCCGCACUUCCCGCCGCCCCACCACGGAGGACGCGGACGCCAUCACCACGACCAGCGGUUCCCGCCCCCCGCGCCGACGCACGGCGGCGGCGGCGGCGGACGACGCGGGGACGUCCCGGAGUGGGCGGACGGAUCCAUCGUGGGCGGCGGCGGCGGCGACAUCCCCGGGAUGCCCGGCGUGCCGAUGGGGCCGAACGACGACGACGCCUUCGGCCCCGGUUCCGGCAGCUUUGGCGGCGGCGGCGGGACGCGACAGGGCGGCGGCCGCGGCGGCCGCGGCGGAGGCAGACACGGGCACAACCAGCGCCACAACCAUCGCAACCGCAGCGCGAAGCUCAUGACCUCGGACGAGAUCGAACAGAUCCUCCGGAUUCAGUGGGCGGCGACGCACCCGCUCGACCGCGCCGCGUACGACCACGACUACUACUACCAGUGCUGGCUCCACUCCAACAACCGCGCGAAGCUCAAGGAGCCGUUCGCGCCGUCGGAGCUGCGAGAGCUCGCGCCGCAGGCGAAAGAGGCGAGGGCGCCGACCGCGUUCGUGACGUUGGACGGCCUCGGCCGCGUGCCGUUUUCAAACUUGCGCGCGCCCAAACCGCUUCUGGACGUCAGCGGCAAAGGCGAAGUCGACGGCGGCGCCGGACGCGAGGCGGACGAGAACCAAGCGGGCGGCAGACGGCUCGAACAGGAGCCUCUGCUCGCCGCGCGGAUCAUGAUCGAGGACGGGAUGUGCCUCCUGCUCGACGUGGACGACAUCGAUCGGCAGGUGGAGGAGGGCGUCGCCGCGGAGGCGCCCGCGGCGAUGGCGCGGCGGCGAGACUUUCUCUUGGAGGGCCUCGCGGGGACGCUCCGCGUUCCCGCGACGCCGGUCCUGAACGCGCAAGCGCGGAAGCGCGGCGACUCCGACGCCGUGUUCGAGCGCAUCGCGACGCUGCACAAGGGCAGGGUCAUGCUCGCGAAGCUCUUGCCGCGGCUGCGGAGCGGGUGCUCCGCGGCGGCGUCUCUCGUCUGGGCGGUGAUGCGUCACUCGCCGACGCUGUUGAAGGAGGGCGAGAAAGCCGCGGUCGCCGCCGCCGCCGCCGCCGGGAACGAGGCGUCCGCGAACAACAGCGCCGCCGAGCUGGCGAAGGAGACCGCGGUCGCGAUGUCGAACUUAUCCUACGCCGCGACGUCGUCCGCGAUCGAGGCGCUCGCGUCGGCGGCGAUGGCCGCGGACGCCGCGGGGUCGCUGCCGUCGUUCGCCGCCGCGUCGGGACCCGGCGCCGGGAUGGCGUCGCUCGCGCGCGCGGUGCUGGAGCAAGGCAGCAGGCUCGGCAUCCUCGGCGCGGACUACGACGCCUCGCCGGAGUGGUCCGACUGCUUCACGACGUUGUUUAACAUCCUCGACGCGCACCUCGCGACGCUCGAGAAGUACCACGUCGCCGCCAAGGGCGGGGAGAAGAAGCUCGCGGCGUCCAUCGCGGAGCGCGCGGGCGCGGAGAAGCUGGAGCUGCCGCGCGAUUUGCUCCGCGCGUGCGUGCCGCACUGCACCGCGGAGCAGCGGGAGACGAUCCGCGUCCGGAUCCAAUCGUGCCAGUGAUGGACGCGCCGGCGACGACGAACAAAGUCUGAUCGGCGGCUGGGAGCACUAUUUUUUCGCUCCGCGAAAGCCGCCGACGACGAGGGAGCGCACGGCGUUGGGUGGUUUUUCUUUUUUCUGGAACCUCCACGGCCGCGGCCACGUGCGAUCUCAUUUGCCUUGUAGCCGUCGAACGGACACGGGCGCGUGCACUUUUUGACCCGGCACGCGCCGCGUUCGACGAGAACGUUCUUUUUUGGAAAUAAAUUCACCCUUGUU